GAAACUAACUUCAGUCUGGCCUUUCAGUGCGUUGUUAUGUCGUCCUCUGUAACCUGUCUGUGACCUGCUCAACUCAAGUAAGUCAACCACUUUAUGUGCAGUUUAUCCAUUUAUGCAACAAAAACAGCAUAUAUACGUGUGUGUUUAAGUUAAUGUAAUACUUACCGCAGACAAACGCUGAACCUCCGUGUCAUUUCAGGCUGAAUCCCGACCUCUCAAGGAGAGCUAACGUCGUUCUGGGACCAAGAACCCUGAGAAAUCCGGUCUCAAGAUGAUUUUCCGCUUUUUAUUCAACCUCAUCAACAACCCUCACAUCAUCGAGAAGUUGGCGGAGUCUCGUCCGAUCCGCAGGGCGGCUCAGAUCACUGCGUACGCCAUCACCAAGGCUCAGAUAGCCGGGAAGGACGCCUCAGAGCGGGCACUGCGCUCCCAGACGCUGCGGCAGGUCCGAGAGGAGGCCGGUAGAGUCCCCGAGGAUCUGGGGGAGCUCGGCAGCCGGUUUAAGAAAGUCAAAGAGACAUUUGUGAACGAGGUGAAAGAGGGGUGGAAGGACGGGUCCAGACAGAUCAAGAAAUGAAGAAGAAAGGCGAGAAAGGAGGACCAGAAGGACUGAGAGACAAGAGGACUCUAACCUCUUCACCUGGACUGCCUGUUGAACCCUCAUGACCUUAAGAGACUUCCAGAAAAUGGCUUCAUGCUGAUCAAUUACAAUCAAUACAGAGACCAGGUGUUUUUAACUAUGUGAACUCACUGUACCCACAUUUUUGAGAAGAUACAAACAGACUUAGUGUGAAAUUUUUUAACAAAGAAGAAGUAGAAGUGAUGGUGGACAUGUGGGGACGGAUGAUGUCUUUACCUGAGGAUGUGUUGGGCGUCUGUGGAUCUGUCUUUGUAAAAAUGUUAUUGUUGGGGUGUAUAUAUGUAGAGAGAGAUGAUAUGUGCAUACAGCAAAUUCACCUUUUUUUCUUCUGAUGAAUAAAGAUUAUAAUUUAUAACAAAACAAUCAGACAUCGUCUCUGCUAA